AUGAUAAUUUGGAGGAGAAUAAAACGAAAUUUUAUAUUUGCCCCCUUUGACAACUUAUUAAUUUUGCUGAUUUUUAUAUUUAUUCCUGUAUACUCGAUAGAAAAUUUGAACCCGAGACCGAGUCAAUUUAUUAAUGAAGUAGAGAGCAUUCCAAGGUUUACAAGCCCUAUCAAAACUCAGGAUAGAUUUAUUUUGCUAAAUGUAAAUUCAGACUAUAUUUUGAUUGGGGGAAGGUAA